AUGCAAAUACCGGCCGAUGAGCUGCGGCACACUGAAACACUACAUCUCUUCCACGAUUUGAAAAAGAACGAACACCUACAGCGCUUCGUUAGCAAAGAGCCAAUCACGCCAAAUGACCCUUUUUGGAACCAGCUUCUUUCGUUCACCAUUCGACCGCCAAGGACCGGGGAGGAGUACAGCUACCUAGACAAUUCCUUAGAGCCACUGCUUAAAACGCUGUUGCAGAACAAUGCAGUUUCGGGCAAUUUUAGUUCUCUGGUCAGCGUGUUCCUGACCCGGGCACUUGAGCUGAAAGCGUCAGCACAAUGUGACAAUAACAUUUUCACAUGGCAGACGUACAAUGCCUUGUUCAUAAUACGGUUCAUCCUGAAGUACUUCAUAGUCACCGUCACUGAAGACAAUGUCGUAAAGCAGUUUCAGGCACCAACCAUAGGAGAUACGAAAAAGGAAGAUCUCUUGGAUUCCUUGGUGAAUGCUCUAGUUGAAAUCGUUGUUGACGUUCCGCUGUUGGAUUUCACUUAUGCUCUUCAUGUGGAGGCCAUCAACACCCUGCUUGUGCUGCUGUCUGUUCAGAUGUUCUCAACUAACACAUCUAUGAACUCUCCCAUUUACAAGUCUGUGCUUCAAGGAAAGUGCUCAAUUCAUGCCCUGCUGUUCACAAAAAGUCUCCUGCAAAACUUUGUGCGACAAGACAAGUGCCCAGAGAGUUACUACCGCUCAGAGGGAGGUGGAAGCAUCAUCAUUGGAUUAGCUUCGGGCCUCUGGAAUGCGCUCACAUUGGGCUAUGGGAGCAAGGAAGAGGACAAGGAAGCAGCACGUAUGAAAGAGACAGUACUUGCCCAACAGAGCCUGCUGCUACUCCUCGUACUGGUCAACCACUGCACAAGCGACAAGGCUGUUACCGUACCAUACAAGAAAGCCCUCUUCUCCUUUGUCAACUCUCAAGAUGCUGGUGGUAGUGUUGAAGCAAUUCCUUCGUUCAAGUUAGACUACGGGAAGCUGUAUGACACGUUGUGUACUACCAUGAACAACGACCAAACGACGUUGCUCCUUUAUCUCCUGCUUCAUCGAAACGGAAACUUCAAGACCUACGUUCUUUCUCGGUCGAACAUUGAAAUGCUGAUGAUACCUAUUUUGAAGAUUCUCUACGAGGCACCUGAGAGAACAUCUCACCACAUUUACAUGUCCCUCAUUGUGCUCCUGAUACUCAGCGAAGACGAUCUUUUCAAUGAAGCUGUGCACGACAUUACACUGAAAAACAUCCCUUGGUACACGGAGCGGUCAUUGUCCGAGAUUUCACUUGGAGGACUGCUAAUUCUGGUUGUCAUACGAACCAUACACUUCAACAUGACACGUAUGAGGGACAAAUACUUGCAUACAAAUUGCCUUGCUGCCUUGGCAAAUAUGUCCAGUCACUUCAAGAACUUGCAUCCGUAUGUUUGCCAGAGGUUUGUCAGCUUGUUCGAAACACUGUCUAAAAGGCUAUCCAAGGUGAUGGACCAAAUCCAAAACAAUCCAGACCUGAAGCCAAGUGAUGACGACUUUUCAACAGACCUUCUUCAAGAUCUGUCUAUCCUGGAAGAGGUACUCCGUAUGAUCCUGGAGAUUAUCAACUCUUGCCUGUCCAAUCAGCUGCAGAGCAACCCAAACCUGCUGUACUCCUUGCUCUACAAGCGGCAGAUCUUUGACCCGUUUCGGCUGCACCCCACGUUCCAGGACGUGGUCCAGAACUUGGACACGGUUCUCUCGUAUUUCUCAUCACGCCUCGAGUCACCCGACAAGCACGUCUCUGUGAAUGAAGUAAUGGAGUCCAUUAAAGAAGCAGCUUUACAUUGGCCCACAGAUAGGCUCAAGAAGUUUCCCGAUCUCAAGUUCCGCUACGUGGAAGAGUCUCAACCCGAAGAGUUUUUCAUCCCUUACGUGUGGACCAUUGUGUACAAGUGCUCUGGAAUCCCGUGGAGUACCAAGAACCUGAUCCUUUUCAACCCAAACAAGGACCUAUAGUAGCGGGGGCAGCUGACUGGAGAGUCUAUUUAUUUUUUGGAACUGGGAAAUCGCAUGUGUGGCUCUUUGUUGAAAGACUUCAUAGGUGUACAUAUCAAGCUGUAGGGAUACUCUUCUGCCAGUUUUAUUUCCCUCCUCAUUGUUUUCACACUAGACAAACCCUUGCAAGGCAGGCCCAAUCGAACAUCGUGCGUAAGAUCUAAUUGUUUAGUUUCUUUGAUCAAGCAGUGGUGGAAGCGGAAGGAACCGAGGAGUACUUUUACGCUGCGAGAAUUUGAAAGAUAAUAAGUUGAGAUUUCUUUUUAAGCGAAAUAGGCCGCAGAAUGUUGUGUGGCCUCUCUAACUGUUUUCUAUUAAAACUGCACUGUUUAACUGCUGUAUUUGCACAAACAUAACACAGACUCAAUUGUUAUGUAAAGGGGAGCGCUUAAGGAACAUAAACUUGAUUAUGAAGCUAAUUAAUACAAUCAUAACAGUGAUGUUUUGCAGCAUCAAGACAGCACAGACCACCUUGGUUAUUUGCUUCAACACAGGCUUACAUGUGUUGUUGGCCACGCAUCUUGCUUAUCAAACAUUUACAUGUAGACAGUGAUGUAUUUCCUCAAUACAUCAGUUGCUAGUGCAAUGAGUAUGAAACAUGGACUUCUCAUGUCUAAGGAGUUCUAUUACUCUAUAAAAAAAAACUUCCUCUAUUCGUGCAAGUACAGUAAUUUAGGAAUGUAAAGCUUUGAUUUUAUUUUUACAAGAAUCAUUCUAUUUUUACUAACAGGUUGAGUAUGUGGUAAUUAUAGUUUUUCGUGCAUUAUGCGUGCUGGCGUGCAGAUCUGUAAUUGAACAUCCAGAGCGUAUUCAAUUAGUGUUGUUUAUACCUUAGAUUUUUUGGAUGUCAUUAUGCUUUACAAAUAAAGUCGUGCUAAAUUUAUGCAAGUUA